AUGCCCGGCUCCAUCGGCCGUCCGGACGGCGGCGGGGGCGCGGGGGCGGCGGCGGGCGCGGACCCCAGCCCGGGACCCCCGCCCGAGGGCUCCGAGGAGGCCGCGCCCGCGCCCGACGACGCGGCCGCCGCGCUGCGCCUGGCGCUGGACCAGCUGUCCGCGCUGGGGCUGGGGACCGCGGGCGACACGGACGAGGAGGGGGCAGCCGCGGGCGGCGGGGACGGCGCGACGGCGGGGGGCGCGGACGGCGGGGCGACGGCGGCGGCGGCGGGGCCCGCGUCCCCCGACGGGCCCGAGCCCGGCGCGCCCCUGGCUGUGGCGCCCGCCGCCCCCGGGCCGCUGCCGCUGCUGGAGCCCGAUGGGACCCCCCGGCGGUCGCCGCCCGACGUGUUCGCCGGCUUCGCGCCCCACCCCGCGGGCCUGGGCCCCCCGACGCUGCUGGCCGAGCAGCUGAGCGUGAUCGGCAGCCGCAAGAAGAGCGUGAACAUGACCGAGUGCGUGCCCGUGCCCAGCUCGGAGCACGUCGCCGAGAUCGUGGGUCGCCAGGGGUGCAAGAUCAAGGCUCUGCGCGCCAAGACGAACACGUACAUCAAGACUCCGGUGCGCGGGGAGGAGCCGGUCUUCAUCGUGACGGGCCGCAAGGAGGACGUGGAGAUGGCCAAGCGCGAGAUCCUCUCGGCGGCCGAGCACUUCUCGCUGAUACGCGCCACGCGCAGCAAGGCCGGCGGGCUGCCCGGCGCCGCCCAGGGCCCGCCCAACCUGCCCGGACAGACCACCAUCCAGGUGCGCGUGCCCUACCGCGUGGUGGGGCUGGUGGUGGGGCCCAAGGGCGCCACCAUCAAGCGCAUCCAGCAGCGGACACACACGUACAUCGUGACGCCGGGGCGCGACAAGGAGCCGGUGUUCGCCGUCACGGGCAUGCCCGAGAACGUGGACCGGGCGCGCGAGGAGAUCGAGGCGCACAUCACGCUGCGCACGGGCGCCUUCACUGACGCCGGCCCCGACAGCGACUUCCACGCCAACGGCACCGACGUCUGCCUGGACCUGCUCGGGGCGGCCGCCAGCCUCUGGGCCAAGGCCCCCAACCCGGGGCGACGGCCCCCGACGGCCACAGCCAGCCUCCGCGGGGACAGUGCCCUGGGCGCCCCCAGCGCCCCUGAGACCUUCUACGCAGGCAGUCGCGGGGGACCACCCGUGCCAGACACAGGCCCCCCCAGCCCCUAUGGUGGCUCGGGCAACGGGGGCUUCACCUUCGGCGGGGACGGCCCCGCUGCCCCCACGGGGACGGGCGCCCCUGAGGACUGUGACUUUGGUUUCGACUUCCUGGCGCUGGACCUGACCGUGCCUGCGGCGACCACCAUCUGGGCCCCCUUUGAGCGGGCCGCCCCCCUGCCCGCCUUCAGCAGCUGCUCGGCCGUCAACGGGGCCCCGGUGCCACCCGCCGCAGGUGCCCGGCGCAGCAGCGGGGCGGGCACCCCGCGCCACUCGCCCACGCUGCCCGAGCCAGGCGGCCUGGGUCUGGAGCUCCCGCUGGCCCGCCGCGGUGCACCCGAGCCAGUGGGCGCUCUGCCCUGGCGACCCCCGCAGGGCUCCCAGUUGUCUUUCUCCAGCAGCGCCAGCUUCUCCACGGCCACCUCGCUGCCCAGCAGCACCUCCUCUGCCUCCUCCUGCGCCCCCCUGGACUCCAGCGCCUCCGAAAGCAGCCGCAAACCCUCGACGGCGCCCUCGGCACCCGCGGCCCCGGUGCCACCCGCCGUGGACCCCGCUCCGGCCCUGGCGCGAGAGUGCGUGGUGUGCGCCGACGGCGAGGCCAUGGCCGCGCUGGUGCCCUGCGGCCACAACCUCUUCUGCAUGGACUGCGCCGUCCGCAUCUGCGGCAAGAGGGAGCCCGAGUGCCCCGCCUGUCGCACGCCGGCCACCCAGGCCAUUCAUAUCUUUUCCUAGCGGGUGGACCUCGGCGUGGUCGUGUC